AUUACUUGAGACUGAAUUUUUGCCAUUCAGUGCACAAAAAGCAUUUGAAACUAAAAAUUUCAAUAAAGAUAUUGAUAUAAUUGCUGGUGUGGCACAACAUGAGGGAUCAUUGUUAUUAUAUGCAUCAAAAUUAUGGCAGAUACCACAUAAUAUAACCAGGGAUGAUUUUAUCAAAUUUGUAAAUACUAUUGAUAAUAUGUUUCAUAACCUGAAUGCCACAUCAAUUGCCGACAUUUAUGUGGCAAAUAAAACCGAUUCACAUGACUUAGAGUGGAUCGUGUAUGACCUGUACGGCGACCUAUUGAUGAACUGUCCAACGUAUUUGUUUGCCAAAAAUUAUGCCCUUAAUACCGGUGCUAACAAACAUAGUAAUGUAUAUUUUUAUGAGCAAACAUAUCGACGCGCAUACGGUAAGGAUGACCCGAUGGCCCGUUUUGGUGUCACUCAUGGCGCAGAUAUUGACUUUGUGUUUGGUCUGUCAUUUAUUAAACCGUUGAAAACUGAUACCGAAAUCUAUGUUCAAUUUAGUCGACAAGUUAUGAAAAUGUGGACCGAUUUUGCAAAAUACGGAAAACCAAACAACGAUUGGCCAAAUCUGAUUGACUUAAAUAACCCGAAACGGGUGUCCAAAGUUUAUAAUUUAAAUCCUAAUUCAACAGUUGAUAUUUUUGAUAAUUUAUUUGCAAAAACAUGUGAUGGCUAUUGGAAAGACUAUUAUUAA